CAACCAUAUCCUGUCCUGUCAGCACUUGGCGCUCAAUAGAUCUGCAUUAUUGCUGCUGAUGUUGGUGCUUAUGCUGGACGCCAAUGAAGAAGCCUAUCCAGAUCCAAGGAGGAUAGGAAGGCAGCUAGGCAAGCAUACUGAACACAUCAACAACACCGAGCCGGCUGAGCGGAGAUGCUUCCUUCGUCGUCGACCCGCCCUGCUGCUGCCGCAGCCGUCACGGAGCAGCGGCAGCUGAGGCAGAUGAGGGCGCAGUGCCUCGUCUUCCUCGCCUUCAAGUAUGUUAUGUUGGUUAGCAAGCAUCUCAAUCUCUGCAAGGAAUGGCCCGGCUUAAUUCAGUUGUUUCUUUCAUCUCGCCAUGUGUUUGUAUGUGCUACUCCAUAUAGGAACCAGAUGGAGCCCAGGAAGCGGCACCUCGAGAUCGCGCUCGGUGAGGAUGAGAUCGACGGAGCCGGCUGCCACGGCGAGACGGCGAGGGAGCCUUUGUCGUCCUCUGCCGCACCGUUGCCGCUGCCACACCUCCUGCCCAUCUCCUCGCUGCGGCUGUCCCCGCCUGUGACGGAGCAGGAGCCACCGCAACGACGAACCUGAAGCAAAACACGAGUAGUUGAUUGAUGGAUGUAUUCUCUUCUCACCCCUGGCCCUGGGCCAUCGACCAACGACCAAAAAAUGAACGAGUUUCCGUUUGGAUACAAAUAACUGUUCUUCUCAUAUAUACUGUACAUGAUAAUAGAACUUCGAUUAGCUUUCUCAUGCAUACAUAUAGCAACUUUGGUUAUUUUUCUAGCAUCAUUUGUAUAGGUGCCAUAUACUCCUACGAGCAAGAGCAAGGGAUACACCACCAUGCAUGUGUGUC